AUGCACCAGUUUCACACCUCAUCUGCCUUGCGUAUUGUCUAUAAGUUCCAGAUUGCGAAGGCUGUUCCGCUACUGGGCAGUACUAGCUACGAGACGAUUGCCGAAGCAGUCAACCUAAGGGUGCAGGCAGUCGAGCGUGUCAUAGGUCUCUUGACGUUGAAUGGCAUAUUCCGCCAGCCUGCGUCUGGGCGUGUAGCCCACGGUCGUCUCUCGUAUCUCAUGGCUACAGACGCUCAAUUCGACGCCUAUAUUGGAUUAUGCUUCGACGACUCCUUGAUGUCAAGUGUACACAUUGCUGACGCGUUAGUUAAAUGGGAACAAAGUCAGGAAAACACCGAGGUUGGAUGGAACAUUGCUAAUAAUACAACAAAUACUUUCUGGCAGCACCUCGAGAAUAAUACUGCAGACCAGGAGCGUUUCAGCAAGGCCUUUACGUACGAGGCUUCGACUCAGCAUUUAGAAAUCCAGACAGUCCUAGAGGGCUUCGACUGGGAGUCCCUUGGGGACGGCACAGUGGUUGACGUGGGCGGAUUUCAGGGGCUUAUCAGCAGACAAAUUGCACGACAUUUCCCUCGACUCCAGGUAAUUGUACAGGACUAUGAGGUACAUUGCCAGCAAGGACAAGAAUCGCUGCCAGCCGAACUCAAGGAUCGGAUGAAGUUCCAAGUCCAUGAUAUGUUCCAACCCCAGAGUCCGAUUUCCGAUAGAACAGCAGUAUAUUUCCUACGCUUUAUCCUUCACGACUGGAGUGAUAAAUAUGCUUGCAAGAUCCUACAGGCCAUUCUGCCUGCUAUGAAACCGGGAGAUCGCAUUGUGGUCUGUGACCAGCUCAUUCCUGCGUCGGAAGCAGCCGACUCGUAUAUCGAACAGUUCAAACGCGUGAACGACUUUGACAUGUGGGCGACGUUUAAUGGACAAGAGAGGAAGCUUGCCCAUUUCAAAAAUCUAGCCAAGAUGGCCGACCCGAGACUGAAAGUGAUGCGCACCAGCACCCUGCAUCCUCUGGCUCCAUCUCUACUUGAAUUUGCAUUUGCGGAAGACUAA